UUUCAGUCAGCUGUAAAAAAUGAUGCGAGUUUGUCUGCAACUCUGCAAAGUUCACGUCCAAAACUAAAAAUGAGCUUAGAAUACGUUACUGUUUGAGUCGAAUCGACGAUGAGGACAUUGAAGUUAUGGGUCCAUAACAGGAGUUACAAUGACACAGGUGAUGACAUCCUUAUCAACCCAAAAGAGUUUCCUGACGUCGGCAAGGGAGACGUCUUGGAAAUCUAUCACCCUGAAGAUGAAUAUAGUCGUUUGUUGCUGCAAGUUACCGCUCUCCCAGACGAUUUUAACCAAAAAGAUAUUAUAAGUAUCGAGCAGUCCAUAGCUACACAGUUCCAGCUACGAGCCUACAAAGAAGUUCACGUCAGUAAAGUCAGCCCUAAGGAUGUUGCGCUUGAUCUUGUGGAGUUGCUGUUUAAAGACCAGUACCUCAGUCGCAGUGACAUGUGGCGCCUACGGCAUGGCCUUGUCAACACCUGUGCUUACCUUACAAAGAAGAUAGAAACUGCUCAGAUGAGGGCCCAGGUUUUUGAGUUGUGGGCUAAAGGUGACCGUGUGACAUGUGGUAUGAUUACUGAUGAUACAAGGAUUGUGUUCCGCUCAUCGACGGCUGUUGUCCAAAUCUUCAUCCAGAUGAGUUCUGAGAUGUGGGACUUUGACAUCAAUGGGGACUUGUACUUUGAAAAAGCUGUAAAUGGAUUUCUUACCGACUUAUUUGCCAAGUGGAAGACCCAGAACUGCCUACAUGAUGUGACCAUUGUUCUGUUCUCGCGGACUUUCUACAAAGCUACAUCAAGAGAGGAUUUUCCACCUGGUGUAAGGGACUGUAUACAGGUAGACUACCAAGGUCGCUUCUACGAGGACUUCUACAGAGUGUUGGUGCAGAACGAGCGUUAUGAUGACUGGACGAGAACGAUCAAGACAUUAAGGAAACUUUUCAACGAGUAUCCUCGUCGUGUCCUCAAUUACCAUAAGGUCAAAGGUCAGAAGAUGCCCAAGGCCUGGAACUCUACUGCAAGUCAGGGGAACUUCCUGGAAACAUUAAACAUGUCUCUAAACUUGUUAGAGAAGCACUAUGUGGACAGGAACUUUGACCGGACUGGUAAAGUGGCAGUGGUCAUCACACCUGGACCAGGUGUGUUCGAGGUGGACAGAGAGUUGACCAACAUCACCAAGCAGAGGACUAUAGAUUGUGGUGUGGGAAGUGAUCUGGUUUGUAUGGGAGAACAGCCUCUCCACGCGGCACCACUCUUCAAGUUUCACAACCGCAACCUGAAGGCCACUUUGCAGGUCGGGGACGACUACAACAUCCCACAUUGGAUGAACCAUAGCUUUUAUCUGUCAAAGAACCAGAUUCAGGCUCACCUCCAUGGGAGCUUCAUCCCCCGCAUUAAACCUCCCCAGCAAAUAGAGAAGAAAUCCAAGUCGAAAGAUAGAGUUGCAGACUUCCCGGCUUAUCCACCCCCCAGCACAUCUACAGACAAUGACAACUUUCCCUUCAUGGACUAUGAUGAGUAUGAUGCCCAAGUCUUCAAACUUCCCACUCGCAACUAUUCUCUUAUAGGAAUGAAGAAAAAGAAAACAAAGAAACAACCACAGACAUAUAUGGAGGCCAAAAAGGCCCAUAAAGGUAGAAUACGACGGUCGUCUGAUGACAUGCUGCUAGAGAGAGUGCUGACUUCUGACCGCAUGGAUGGGGCCAUCUCCAUCCCUGUUCGGUCAAGCAGUGGGGAUGAGAUCUCUUCGUCAGUACCUGCCAUUGACAAGUGUCAUGCAAAAGAUCUUGAAGACACGUCUGAAGAAGAAGGCGAGUAUGUACGGCCUAUAUUUGGAAGUGCUGGGUCUCCAUACUUUCACUCCAAGCAUCUUUCAUCCAUGACCUUGUCCCGUCGUGCUCUCAUCAAUCCAUUUGCUCCAUCCACCAUGCAUUUCAAGAUGACAUCUAAUCGUCGACGAUGGAUUCAUGCUUUUCCUACAGAUCCCCAAGGAGCAGCUGUCCAGACUCAUCAUUUCCGCACAUUUUCUCAUACUGAGGAAAUGGAAGGGAGCUUUGAUCUUCACUCAAAAGAGACUGAUUACCUGUCAGUGGGGACAAUGAAGAAAGGUUCGCUGAUACACCAGGACAGUAAUGAAGGAUCCGAGAACACCAGUUCCGACCAGUUGUCUGUGAUUGGAUCAGCUGGGAAUGUUGCUGCAGCCUUCAAUACAUCCCUUCAAGGCUUCAGCUCCUCCCUGGGCUCCAACACCUCCUUCCUACAGGACUACAAUAAACUGCCACAGAAUAACAACCCGUCUAAGGAAGGUCAGAGGUCAUGGGUGUGGGGACCCACAGGGGAACAGGAGUGGAGCCCAAACAUGACUACAGGACAUGACUGGCGCCCCCUGGAGUACGAUAAGGCAGCAAGCAGCAAGUCCUGUCUCGUCAAGCCUAUACUUAAUGCUGAUAUAAACUCUAAACAAUUCUGUGCCUGCAUCAGUGUGGACUGGAAGUCUCUGACGAUCCCUGCAUCCCUCCCCAUCACCACUGACUACUUCCCUGACAAAAAGAGUCUGCAGACGGACUAUGUUUUCGCAGCGUAUGGUCUGCUGCCUGAACAGGAUGGUGACUACGGUAUGGACUACCAGAGUCUAUCAACAGAUGAGAAGUACUUUAAGAGGAAGAACCUGACGUCUAAGCAGGUGUUCAAAGAGCUGGUUUCCCAACGUCUCUCCCAAGGAUUUCAAGUCAUUGUCAACAAGACGCCACGCUCCAAAGCUCACCAGGUGUCGCUAGGGUCUAGUCCACAAUACCAACACACCGUCGGACUCAUCAGGGCGCGACCUCGCACAGAGCAGUCGGAGGAAUGUUACCUGAGUAUAGGACGGAUAUUCCAUAAAGUCACGGUACUUGCGUCCGACAUUACGGUUACCAGAUACAGCCCAAGACACCCAGCCCCUGAGCUGAAGCUUCCCUACUGUUACCGGUUCCAGGCUCCAGACUCACUCAGCUAUGAUGUAUCCUGGAGCGAGUUCCGCAAUGAGAAACUUGAGAACUACAACUGGAAUUACCUUGAUCAGUACAUCUGUACUCGUGGGGAGGGGGACUACGGUCUGGUGGAGGUAAGUGUUGACUGGUACAUCUGUACUCGUGGGGAGGGUGACUACGGUCUGGUGGAGUCACUGAAGUUCUGGAGAAGUCGAUUCCUCAUCAUGCCCUGUAACAAUGCAGCUACAAAGAGGAUUAUUGAUGGACACCCACGAUGUGAUAUAUAUGAAGAGAAAAGUACGACAGAGCACCAGAACUUGAUACAUGGAUUUGUUCGUAUGACGGAGAUUCUCAACAGACUGAAGAGGACAGCCAAGAGGUCAAAGCUGUCAGGAGAUUCGUCUGUGAGUAGCACCGCCUCAGAGUCCAGUAAAACAGCACCAGUCCAAGGAGGAGAGGCCACCUCAAGACCCAAAGAUGUGGACACUCUGACUACAGGUUCUCCACCAACCAAACUGAUUGAGGCCAUGUUAGACGCACAAUUUGGACUGCCCUUCCUUAGUAAACAGCCAGGCUUGCCUAACAACUGUUUCAUCGCGGAGGAGGCAGUCACAUGGUGUAUACAGAACAUCCAGGGCGUCGUGACAACGAGUCAUGCCAUCAACCUGCUGCAGGUACUUGUGGAUGAUAAGCUGAUAGUGCACGCCUCGUGGAAUCCCAACCACAAGUUUGUGUACGGGUUCUACUUCUACUGUAUUCCACAGGUCAAGGACAAGGCAAAAGAUAUUGAACAGCAGCCAGUGAACGUUUUGUUCCAGAGGAACUUUUUUGAGGUAAACGUGUUAGCAGUGGAUGAACAGGAGAACCAGCAUCAGACAUCGUCACACCUAACCGACUCCACAAGGUCACGAUCUCUGUCCUCUAUUAACCCUGCCACGGACGACUGGAGGAUGGAAAUGAGCCUGGACACAGAUAAUACGGAAUGGGGUCAACAGUUGGCCACACUACUCCACAAAUAUGUGACAAUCGAUGUGGAUGUUUUGGACAAGAGUGACCGGCCAGAAUGGGCGACUGUCCGUUACCACUCCUACUACAGCCCUACUUGUGCCUUCCAACUACAGCUUCAAUGGAUGGUGGCCACUGGCAGUAUCCUCGGUGAAUUGGUGUACAGCUGGGCCAGGAAGAUGAGCAGCUGUGGAUUCCAUCUGAUACCUGUACCUGUUGACCCCUUUGCUCUGCCGUCUGCUCCAGACUCAGACUCCCUCCGCGGCCCCAUCUUUGUACCCCUGGACAUUGACUGUCUGACAGAUGGGAGAGCCAUCAUCACCAAAGGACACGGUCAGAGCUGGAGGGAGAAAUUACACAGCUUCCAGAUAGCCAUCAUUAAACGGUUUGGGUUCAUGCCUGCUGGUGUGCGUGAUAUCUCGGAGGAUGCAUACCCAAUGGGUCAGGGCGAAGACUACAGCCACUAUGUCCACUGUACAGGCGGAAACUUCGUGCUGAUGGAGGACAGCCACGUCUCCUCCCCCGUGGCCAAGGACUCGCCAUACAGCUCUAGCUUUAACAAGAAAUCCAACGCAGAGCUCCGAAAAGAUUACAUCAAACGCUCACAGUCGAGUCAGUUUCAACAACAGGAACAAGAGCCCGAGAGUAAGAUUGGAUAUCUCUGGUCGUGGAACUUCAUGUCAUCUAAACGUUGGAGGUCUGGAAAUACUGGCGAUGAGUUCUUUCAGGACAAAAUGUUAGCUGAUUUCCGUAAUUUUUGCUCAAACAAGGAAAAUCGACUGCAGGAGUUUUGGCUGGAGUGGUAUAAUCCUUUUCAGUUACCCAAUUUGUCUGGCAGAGAGACCACCAUGUGAGGAGGAUAUAGGUCAACAUUUCCUAACUACCAUAACAGCAGACAUUUAAGUCAUAAAUAGGUGAUGGAGUCACCAGUCGAAGAUAUUUUGACUGUAUUUAUACUCAGUCAUUUAGGAAAAUCGGCCUUACUUUUACAGUAUUCUUUGUGAUUGAUGAGAAAGCAACAGUGUCAUUAUACAGUGAAACCAUGUUAUACUGCCACCAUUUGUGGGGAGAAAUUUUGGGAUUGUAAAGGGUUUUCAUGAUAAAUAGAGAAAAGUUAUAAGGAAUUCUUAAGAAACAGAGAAAAGGGGUCUUGAAAUAUGUUGGCAGUAAGCGAGAUGGCAAAUGAAAUGAGAGGCAUUAUGUUGUGGUUUUAAUAUACUGUCUACUUAUGUGUUGCAGGGCAUUGUAAUAUACAUGUAUGUCCAGGUAUUAUCCUCUGUGAUAUCAGAAUUUUAAUAUUUGUUAUGUUUCCCUCAAACGAGUUGUUUUACUGUGUUGUGAUGUUACGUUUGUCGAUGGAGGUCAAUAGUCCUCAGUAUCCUCGAGGUGCCGUGUCCAGUGGCUAGUCACCAGUGUUGUUGUCAACAUGUAAUUGAACUAAUUAAUUAUUUAAGGACAUUCUGUUGAUUUGGUAAGAUUGACUGUCAAGACAUUUGGUCCCAAUUGCACUUUUAAUUAUGCAUGCAGUUAGAUGAAUUGGCAAAGCUUUCAUUUUGACUGUUCCUAUUAAAACCUCUGGCAAACAAGUUUUUUCAAAUAAUUGAAAAAAAUAACAUCAUUACUUAAACAAAAUCAAUUUAGUUUCAUCAUCUGGUUAGUGAGUUUUCUGGAACAUCAAAUGUCUGAAAUUUUACUGAUCAUGUCAAGAUUUCCUAUAUAUAAAAAAGUCAGUGAAGAACCAACUCUAUACUGAAUCGAGAGCAUAGCAGAUCAAGGUAUAUAUUGCUUAACUUUAUGGUCCAAUCUUUCGAAACAGUUAGCCCAGUGCAUAUUGGUCUCACCUUGGACUAACUUAAGGAUUUAGGUCAAGGUCUUGUUUUUAAAAAAUGUCCUUAUUGUUUACAUCUUGAAACGAUUUCAACGAGAUGUUCAUUUAACUUUGGCUAGGUAAAUUUAGGAUGGAAAGGUGAAUUUGGGAUGGAGCAGAUAUUUGUUUUACAGUGCAUACGUGUGACUGGGCGAGAGGUGUGGACAAUCCAUUAUCUGACAGAAGAUUUCUGUUGUAGUAGAUAUAUAAGAUUGUGAGAGAUAUUUGUGGACAAAAUCUUUAUCCUGCAAUAGGUUCUGUUAUGAGAUAUAUAUAUAGAUAAAACUUUGUCCUGCUGUAGAUUUCUGUAACAAUAUGAGAUGUUGGAUUAUGAGAGAUAUAUAGAUAAAAUUUUGUCUUGCUGUAGAUUUCUGUUACAACAUGAUAUGUUGGAUUGUAAGAGAUAUUUGUGGACAAAAACUUUAUCCUGCAAUAGGUUCUGUUAUGAGAUAUAUAUAGAUAAACUUUGUCUUGCUGUAGAUUUCUGUAACAAUAUGAGAUGUUGGAUUGUGAGAGAUAUAUAGAUAAAAUUUUAUUUUGCUGUAGAUUUCUGUAACAAUAUGAGAUGUUGGAUUGUGAGAGAUAUAUAGAUAAAACUUUAUCUUGGUGUAGAUUUCUGUAACGAUAUGAGAUGUUGGAUUGUGAGAUAUAUAUAGAAAAAAAUUUGUCUUGCUGUAGAUUUCUGUAACGAUAUUAGAUGUUAAAUCGUGAGAUACAUAUAGAAAAAACUUUAUCUUGCUGUAGAUUUCUGUAACAACGUAUGGUUACGUUGGAUUGUGAGAGAAAUAUUACCUUGAGAUUGUGAGAGAUAUAUGGACAAAACUUUAAUCUUGCCAUAGAUUUUGUUAAAGUUUGAGAUGUUCGAAUGUUAGAUAUAAAUGAAUGAAAUCAGAUCAUGUGUAUGAUGGGGUUUCGUUUGUUUUUCACACGCCUUGAGCAAUAGUAUGAGAUGGGAAUGGAAGAGAUGUGUGGACUGGAGAUUGUCAGAGAGAUGUGUAUAAAACCAGGAUGGAGUUUUCCUUUGUCUUGCAGUAAAUUUCUGCUGAAGUGCAAUAAAACUAAAAUUUUAUUAAAGAAAG